CACACACACACACACACACACAAACCAUAAUUUACUUCCCUGACUCCAGUAUGGCAGUGCAGCAUUACGAGUGGUCCAGGGAAGUUUGCCUGUUUGUGUUCUGGAGGUGUGGCUUGCUUCAGGAUGAUGGCUGGAGGGAGAGGGCCGCUUCUUGCUUUGCUUUUUCUGCGGCAUUUCCUACUCACUGAAGCCUUCAAGAUCCUGAUUCUCUCCUUCAUCGGAGGAAGCCAUUAUCUUAUGAUGGAUGAAAUUUCACAAGUCCUUCAUAAUAGAGGUCAUGAAGUCAGAAUGUUACUACAGACAGGCGUUCUGAUGAUCCCAGGGCGAAAAUAUGAGCAGCCCAAUACCUACCAAAUUACAGCUUGGUCUGCUAGCCAGGACUACCUCAAGGAAUACGAGAAGUGGUUUGCUGACUACACGGAGGAUUUUCUGAAGGGCAGAGAGGACCUCAGCCGUUACUUGGAUUUUAUGAACCACUUGGCCUAUCAGUGCCACGUCGUACUAAAUAAAUCAGAGAUCCUGAAUUCCUUGAAGGAUGAAAAGUUUGACAUAACAGUAAUGGAUGGUUUUAAUCCCUGCUCCUUCUUGGUUGCAGAGAAAGAGGAGGAGCUUGAAGACUUUAUAGCAAACUCAGAAGAUGGUUUUAUCAUUGUGACAUUGGGCUCAAUGUUAUCCUCAAUCCCACUCUUGGAAGUACUACAGGAGAUGAAUACCGCUUUUGCCCACCUGUCCCAAGGAGUGAUCUGGAGGUGUCAGCAUUCCAAAUGGCCCAAAGAGCUGAAAUUGGCAUCUAAUGUGAAAAUUGCAGAUUGGAUCCCUCAGAAUGAUCUAUUAGGACAUCCUAUGGCUCGUCUGCUUGUUACCCACGGGGGGCUGAACAGUUUGAUGGAAUCUAUCUAUCAUGGGGUCCCUGUUGUGGGAAUACCCCUUUUUGGAGACCAGCAUGACAACAUGGUCCGAGUGGAGGCCAAAAAUAUGGGCAUUACUCUCCAAAUAGACCAGCUUAAAGCUGACAAAUUCACUCGCACAAUGAAGCAAGUUAUAGAAGACAAAAGGUAUAAAUCUGCAGUAAUGUCUCUGAGCACAAUUCAUCACUCCCACCCGCUCCCGCCAGAUCAACGUCUGGGACGAUGGCUAGAGCAUGUCCUCCAGGCAAGGGGAGGAGCUCACCUCCAGCCUUAUGCCUUUCAGCAGUCCUGGUUUCAGCAGUACUUACUGGAUGUUUUGUUGUUCUUGUCAGGGUCUGUCCUGGGGGUCAUCUACCUUUGUGUUAAGCUCUUAAGAACUGCGGUCUUUAGGAUCUGCAGUGCAGGGAAACAGAAACAAACAUAAUUUAAAACAUUGCAUAUUUGGUUAACACCAUCAUUUUAAAAAUGAAAAGCAGCUGUUAGUAGACAUGACUCACUUGCUUGAAGGAAACUGUGAGGGAAAUGAUACAUUUCCUGGAUAAUCCAAGCACUCUGUAUGACCUAACUUUAUGGAAUAAUGUAAUAAACAUUUGAUGAAAAAACAAAACUAGCUGCAUGUUUGUUUGGUUUUAAAUUCACUCUCUUAUAAUUUAUGUUCCUUCUUUUAAGGCAUCACUUGGGGCUUGAUCCUGCAAGGUGCUGAGCACUCUGGCUUUGAUCAAAAGAACUUAAAGACUUGCUUAACUUUAAUCAUGUUGGUAUUCUCAUUGACUUCAAUGGGCUUACAUUCUUCACUUUAAGCCAGAUGAGUAAGUAAGUGCUUUGCUGACUGGACCCAGAGUGGACCUUACAGGACUGAGCCCUUAGGCCUGGUCUACACUAGGAGGUUAUGUCGAAUUUAGCAGUGUUAAAUCGAAUUAACCCUGCACCCGUCUACACAACGAAGCUAUUUAGAGGUCUCUUUAAAUUGAUUUCUGUACUCCUCCCCGACGAGGGGAGUAGCGCUAAAUUCGACAUGGCCAUGUCGAAUUAGGGUAGGUGUGGAUGGAAUUCGACGCUAAUAGCUCCGGGAGCUAUCCCACAGUGCACCACUCUGUUGACGCUCUGGACAGCGGUCCGAGCUCGGAUGCUUUGACCAGCCACACAGGAAAAGCCCCGGGAAAAUUUGAAUUCCUUUUCCUGUCUGGGCAGUUUGAAUCUCAUUUCCUGUUUGGACAUCGUGGCGAGCUCAGCAGCACUGGCAACGAUGCAGAGCUCUCCAGCAGAGGUGACCAUGCAAUCGCAGAAUAGAAAGAGGGCCCCAGCAUGGACUGAUCGGGAAGUCUUGGAUCUGAUCGCUGUGUGGGGCGAUGAGUCCGUGCUUUCGGAGCUGUGAUUGAAAAAAAAAAAAAAAAAAACGGAAUGCGAAGAUCUACGAGAAGAUCUCCAAAGCCAUGACAGAGAGGAUACAGCCGGGAUGCAACGCAGUGCCGCGUGAAAAUCAAGGACCUGAGACAAGGCUAUCAGAAGACCAAAGCGGCAAACGGACGCUCCGGAUUCCAGCCCCAGACAUGCUGUUUCUACGAGGCACUGCAUUCCAUUCUAGGUGUGGCCGCCACCAUUACCCCGCCAGUGACCGUGGACUCUGACGAUGGGGUAUUGUCGACGGCCGCUUCCUCGGAGAUGUUCGCGGACGGGGAAGAUGAGGAAGGAGAGGAGGAGGACGAGGCAGUCGACAGCGCAUACAACGCUGAUUUCCCCGACAGCCAGGAUCUCAUCACCCUCCCGGAG